AAGCGGAGCCGAGCGAGUAACCGACUAACCGCUUUCUGCCGAUUCUUAUAGUUGUGACUGGUGGGCUGGCAAUGCUGUCUAUUUACAUGUCAGAGUCUACUAUGACUCGGGAGCAAGAUACAAAUAAACUUUGGCUGUGCAAGUGUCUGCUAUUUUCUUGCAUGAACUUGAAUUUUUAACUAUCCAAAUCGUAAAUCGAUUACAAUGAGUGGAAUGACAUUUUACGGUGUUUCUUUACUGGAAGGUCAAGAACAAGGGGAUCAGUCUCAGUUGGUAUUUGAAGACCGAGUGGAAGCAUUGAAAAUAUGUAAGAAAUUUAAAGGUGCUAGGUUUAAGUGUUUUACUGAACGAGAUGAAGCUGUCCUAUUCACCCAAACCAAGCAAACACAGCCUGAGGCUGAUGUUGUAAUAAAAGAAUUACCAAGCGAAAAGUUGCCAUUUCCUACCCCAAGUCCCCAAGAAAUGUUGCAGUUUCGAAGAACUAUUGAAAUGGGAAAUUGUGGUGAAUUUCUGUCUACUGUUUGGAAGAAUCCAAGAUUCUUGAUAAGUGCUGGUGAUACCCCAACAAUGAUAAGAGAACGCUACAGAUAUCAUGGCCUCUUAUUGGCAACUUUUAAAAAAUCAUUCACUAUUUGCAAAGCACUUUUAGAUACAAUUACUGAUCCUGGCUUCAUAGGGCUGCUGUAUGUAAAUGAUGCAGAACAGGUUCGCAAGAAUCGAAUGUUUUACCUUCUAGACACUUAUCUGAAUACACCAGAUAAAUUUCUCAACGAAACCCCGCUUCAUUUUGCUUCAAAGUUUGGUUCUCUCGAUAUUUUAGAAUUAUUCCUUUCAUUCCCGGAGUGUGAUCGUGAACGUAAAAAUACUAGAGGAGAAACACCAGCUGACAUUUAAUUUCUUUAGAUUGUUUGUUCAUCUUGUAAGAAUCCUUCGCCAGAAUUAGAAGCUCAAAUGAAGUUGC